AUGUUACCACAGCAACCUCAAACUUUGAAGGAGUCGAGUUCAGCAAUGAGCACUGCUAACAAAAAUCAAGAAAAAGAGGACCAGGACUUGCUGGCUGACAAUGAAAGCGACUUUAAACAAGAAGAAGGUUCUUUAGAAGACGAACAGAGUUUAACAGAGGGGGAAGAAUACGUGGAAGCAGCGGUGAAAGCCAUCCAGAACCGGGCUAUUCAGAGGCCAAACACUAGCAACACACACCAACCACCUGCUGUUAGCGACUUUUUACGCAACUUUCUCUUCCAGACAGGCAUGACAGAAACCUUGAACUGUUUUCAAACCGAGUGGACCGAGAUGGUGCAGAGAGGACUGGUGGAUGGAAACAGAGUGGACGUGGUACCGGACGUGUACACUGAGAACCAGCGUCUGGAAAGGGAGCUGAAACGUUCCUGGCGGGAGAGAGAGGAAUACCGGCAGGCGGUGUCAGUCGCAGCCGAGACGCUGGUGAGGGCGCAGAAAGCCAGAGACCUUCAGAGACUGCAUCAUCAGCGUGUCAUCCAGGAGAAAAACAAGCUCAUCGAGGAGAUGAGGAAAGUCAAAGUGCAGUGCGACAACUACGAACCUGCUUUGAAGCAAAUGAGUGAAAAAUACCAGGCAGUUUCGAGGCAGGUUUUGCUGGGGGCUUUGGAGCGGGACAAAGCCUUAGGACAGAAGAGCCGUCAGUCAGCUGAGCGUCACUCCCCCAUCUGUGGGGGUGAGGAGGGAACGAUGAAGAAGAAAGGGUCGGAGUGACGUGACAGAGCUGGGUCACUGUGACAGCAGUUAGAGGAAGUUUUGACAGCUAGAGUUGGGGAGGCUGCUUCAGGGAGGUGAUGUCAGCCCAGAGAGGAGUGACACGAGGUGAGGGAAGACAGCCAACGCCCUGUAUCUGAUCUGAUGGGAAGUGGCAGGAGAUGAAGAGAAGGAGUCAAAUUCAGCCUGAAAGCGUGGUCACUGUCUGAGGUCAGCGGGAACAGAGAAUAAAUGAGAACCACUCCAGGAAUACUGAGUAGGGAAUGUCUCGUUUUGACUGUCAAUCACACUGAAAUUACACUUCAGAGAAAAUCUGCAGUUGAUAUGCAAUUUAAAAAAAAAAACUUUUACAACCCGAUAAAAAGAAAUUAAAGGGUAACAUAGUUUAUUUCAA